AUGGAGACGAGCAUCCCCGAGGAGAGAAAAGUGGUCUAUAAGUUUCUCGGCAGCUCAGGAAUCAAGGUGUCCAAUAUUUGUCUAGGAUCUACCACUUUUGGAGAGGGGCCAAUUGGUCUACCUGGUCAGACGGACGAGGACACGUCCCACGAAAUUCUCCAGCGGUUCUCAGAUUGGGGCGGGAAUUUCAUUGACACGGCUGACCAUUACGGGUUUGGUAAUUCUGAGACCAUCAUUGGGAAAUGGCUGGAAAGACAAACCCGUGACAAAUUUGUGAUCGCCACAAAAUGUCGUUUUAACAUGGGAACAGAGCACAACGUCAACAACGUCGGACUGAGUCGACGUCACAUUACUGAAAGUAUCGAUAGAAGUCUUCAGAGACUGCACACAGACUUUGUGGAUCUAUACCAGACUCACGAGUGGGAUGAUGGGACUCCUGUUGAGGAAAUUUUACGGACUCUGGAUGACCUAGUUCGCGUGGGCAAAGUCCGUUACGUCGGGGUCAGCAAUGUCUCUGGCUGGCAGAUGCAGAGUCUGGUGGAGACAAGCCAUAGACUUGGCUUCAACAACAUUAUCAGUUUACAGCAACAGUACAGUCUGAUGAGCCGCGCCUCAGAGCUGGAGUCAUUCCAAGUGUGUAAGGCGAGGGGCGUUGGGGUUUUGCCAUGGAGUCCCCUUAAAGGAGGCUUGUUGACUGGGAAGGUGAAGCGUGGAGUCAAACCUACAGAAGGUCGGAUCGGCUGGGCAGCGGAGAGCAGGACCCGGGACAUGGAGAUAUGUCCUCACUGGUCAAACUUUAACAACCAGACCUUUGAUGUCAUAGAGACAGUCGAGGAGAUUGCUAAACAACGAGGUCGUACCAUGCCCCAGGUGGCCAUUCGUUGGCUACUGCAGAAGGAUAUUGUAUCCUCGGUCAUCAUAGGAGCCAGAACUCUGGCUCAACUCGACGACAACAUGGGAGCUAACGGCUGGAGUUUGACCAAGGAAGAAAUGAAACAGCUGGAUGACGUCACAUCUACGCCCCUGACUUACCCCUAUAACAUGGUGGUGAAUUUUAAUACUGACAGAGCCAACAGAUAUCUGAAAGACGCCUAUGUAAAAUCAACAAGCAUCUGA